AUGAAAGCCUCAAUCGAACCAAAAUUAAAAACGAUUCUAGAACAUGUCCAGAAUUUAGUUAAAAAUGACGAGCACUUGAAGAAAUUGGAUAACAAAACGUUGACUGAGUUGGUAGAAAAUUUGGAUGUACGCCAAUUUGACAAAAAAGCAGUGAAUAAAGUAUAUGAUUUCGUCCAGAAGGUAGAAGCUGAGGAAGAGGAAGCUCUGUCUACUGAUUCUUCUGAGAGCAGCUCCGAAGGUGAUGAUGAGAGCAGUUCUGGAGAUGAGGACUCUUCUAGUUCUAGUGAUGAGAGUGAUGAGGAUGAUGAUAUUGAGGAGAAAACUGCCAACGCUCAAGAGGCUUCUAAGUUGGAUGAAUCAUCAUCCUCCGAUAGCUCCUCCAGUAGCGAGAACUCGUCAUCCUCCGAAAGUGAUUCUUCUUCCAGCUCACCCAGUUCUGAUUCUGAAUCACCCAGCACCUCUGAGUCAUCAAGUUCUGAUUCCGAUUCUUCUAGCUCAUCAGACUCUAACUCCGAAUCGUCGAGCUCCUCCAGCUCCUCCAGUUCCUCCAGUUCAUCUAGUUCCUCAGAGUCAUCCUCAUCAAGCGACUCGGAUUCCGAUUCAGACUCGGAUUCAAAAUUAACUUCAAAGAAAAGGAAACACGAGGAAACAAAAGAUGCAAACGGAACAAAAAAGGCUAAAAUUGAGCCUAGCUCCUCAGCAAGCUCUUCAGUCACUGAAUCAAUCACUUCCAACUCAACACCGGCGACCCCUGAACCUGAAUCUGAACUUAAACCAGGGCAAAGAAAGCAUUUUUCGAGAAUAGAUAGAUCAAAGAUUAAUUUCGAAGACAGAAUAUUACAAGAUAACACAUACAAAGGAGCUGCUGGAACAUGGGGUGAAAAAGCUAGUGAAAGGUUGUUGCAAGUUAGAGGAAAAGAUUUCACCAAGAACAAAAACAAAAUGAAGAAAGGUAGCUACAGAGGGGGUAGUAUUACUUUAGCUAGUGGGUCAUACAAAUUCACUGAUUAG